AUGGGCACGCGGGGCACACCUCAGGGAGCGGUUCUCUCUCCGCUCCUCUUUAAUCUGGCCAUGCUACGCCUUCCUGCUCUUCUGGCCCAGGUAGAGGGUAUCCAACACGCACUUUACGCCGAUGACACCACCGUCUGGACUAAUUCUGGCAACCCCGCUCAAAUCGAGCAGCGUCUUCAACAGGCUGCUUCUAUAGUGGACACUUACGCCACCUCUUGUGGCCUGGAGUGCGCCCCGCAGAAAUCGGCACUUCUUUCUCUUUCCUCUUUACCCCCACCCCGGCUCUCCUUGCCCACGGGUCCCAUCCCCGUGGUCACCGAGCUCCGUGUUCUGGGACUUUUUAUUUCGUCCUGUCUCAACCCGGGCUCUACCCUUACCAGCCUCCGCCGUAUGGGGGAGCAGGUGAGCCGCAUGAUUCGUCGGGUGUCUACGAAACGUGGCGGUCUGCGAGGGCGGGAUGCCCUUCGUUUGGCCCAAGUGUUCGUCAUCAGUCGGAUCGUGUACGCAGCCCCCUACCUCCGUCUCGGUCGCCACCACGAGGCCCAGCUGGAUGCCCUCAUCCGGUCUGUGCAUAAGCGUGCGCUGGACCUCCCGGUGUCCACUUCCAACCGUCGUUUUGCGGCUUUGGGGGUGCACAACUCCUACUCGGAGCUUCGGGAGGCUCACCUCGUUAACCAACUUGGUCGCCUGUCUCAGACGUCUCCUGGGCGCCGUCUGCUUGCGCGCCUUGCUCUUCAACCUAUUCUUCCUCCGGCGCCCCCCGAUCGGAUUCCCGACUCUUGGCGCCAGAAACUCUGGGUUGCCCCUCUCCCUCGUAAUAUGGAUACUGUCUCCCACCCUGGUCGUCGGGCCGCACGUGUUCGUGCCCUUACAUCCCAACACGGAUCUCGCCCCGGUGUCUUCUAUGUGGAUGUCGCGGGUCCUUCCCCCUCUGGCUACUUUUCGGCUGCCGUGAUCCACGAGGGAAACACGAUUGAUGACCUCUCCUUUCGGGCCUCUACUUCAACUCAGGCGGAGGAGGUGGCCAUUGCCUUGGCGGCCUCCCACCCCAACGCAAGGGUCAUCAUCUCGGACUCGCGCUCUGCCUGCUCCCGAUACCUUGCCGGUUCUGUCUCGCCCCUCGCGGCUCACCUACUCCGUGCCGCCUCCUGGCGUUUCGUACCUCACCCCGUCCGACUUGUCUGGUCCCCGGGACACGAGGGUCUUCCUGGUAACGAGGCCGCCGAUGCGGCCGCCCGCGCGCUUCUUCCCCGGGCCGUUACCCCUUCUCCCCCCUCGCCUGAUCCUGCAACCCAGUUGCUCACAUCGUUUCGAGAAAUCUUGGCCUAUUACCGCGAUGGUCGUCGGCUUUUUCCUGCCCCGGUCCGGGGUUUGUCUAAGGCCGAUGAGCGAACCCUGCGCCGCUUACAGACCAACACCCUGCUGUGUCCUGCCGUGGCUCGUCAUUUUUUGCCUAAUACAACCAGUGCUGCUCCGCCAUCUAAGAAGGACCUAUCAACCUCCGGGCUGGUGGGCUCCAAGUUCUCGUCUUUUGAGGCGAGGCUCUCAGAGCAAGCACAGCACUCGCAAGAUCGCGAGUCCAGUGCCUUGCAAGAGGACAAGGACACAACAUCGAGCGUGCGGGAGCAGCCAGCGCCUAACGAGCGGCGCGAUUAUAUCGACCGCUCCAAAAAAGAAAAAUCUCGUGUCACGGUGCCUCAAAAGGGCCGGUGA